GGGAAGUGUCUAGAAAGCUGGGAGACCACGUGGUUACAGGCGUCAUCCGUUCAGCAAGCAAAACAAGGUAGGGUUCGCCUUUUGGCGUCUGCAGCCAAACAUAAUGGAGGGAAGUGUGGAGAAGUAUCCAAACAUCGAGCAUGUGAAUUCCUUGCAGCAUCCCUCUGUUCAUAUAAGAUAUCCUGAAAAGUUGGACAAAAUCCUUGAGGGACUCUUCCAUGGAGGUCUACAACAGCUGCAGGUCAUAGCUGAUUUUGACAUGACCAUUUCAAGAUUUCAUCUGAACAAUGAACGUUGCCUCACUUGUUAUGGGAUACUCAGCUCGAGCAAGCACCUUCCAGCAAGCUACAGGGAAGCAGCAGAGGAAUUGAAAAACAAAUACUACCCUAUAGAAAUUUGUCACGAGAUGAGUGCUGAGCAGAAAAUCCCAUAUAUGUUGGAAUGGUAUCAUAAAGCCCACCAACUCUUGGCUCAGUCUUGUAUCACAAGACAGAAGUUGAAGGAAAUGGUCUCUAAUGCUAAAGUUGCCUUGAGAGAUGGAGCAACUGAAUUGUUUCUUAUUCUGGCUACACACGAUGUGCCCCUCCUCAUCUUCUCUGCUGGCUUAGGGGACUUGAUUGAGGAAGGUCAUAUGACAGGGUUGAAAGGUGACUUAAUCCACAUGUUCAACAAGAACGAGACUGCUGUGCAACAUGAGGAUUACUUCAAGCAACUCAAGGGGAAAAACAAUGUCAUCUUGCUGGGGGAUUCUCUUGGAGACGUCCACAUGGCUACCGGUGUGAUUGACAUCAAUGUGGUGUUGAAAAUCGGCUUCCUGAAUGAUAACGCAAGUACUUUCUUCACUGUCACUUAUUGCAGCAUUCUUUCUUGUACUUCAUGACUUGAUAUCCUUAACCCUUUCUCAGGUCAGUUUUCUUGUGCGCGUCCCAUGUCAGGCUGGUAUAUACAGUAUUUACUGUACACUAAGGUGCAAAAGUCUUUGCCCCCGGUAUUUCAAGUAUUUCUCAGGGUAGAUGGGAUGAAUAUCAAAACCAAUUUUAUUCACAGGUAAGACAUGGGAAAAGGUACAAAAGUAUCACAAUUAAUAGUUGAUCCUCUCUCCCUUCGAUUCAAUCAAAGUCAACC